AAAACAACGAAAAUUACUUACCGAAUUUGGUGACAGGUUAUUGCCAUAAUACAGAGCAUUUUCUUGAGGAUUCCCGGCACUAUCAGGAGAUUUUGGCAAAAUAGGAGAUUUAUCUGACAUUCUUAACACUUCCUAUUUUGAGCACGUGUUUAUGAUUGUUUAUGUUAAGAUAAAUAGUCACAUGAAACAAUAUCUAAAAUGUCGGAUAAAGCUAAUGUAGCUUCGUUAGAUAACAAUGCUAUAUAUCAUGAAGUCUCGCCAAAUAUUAUUUUGCUUCUUCGAUUCUUCAAUUUCCUGACGUUUAUAAUGGCCGUGAUCUCAUUCAUCCUUUGUAUAGUGCAGGGAGAUGGGAACGAGACUUAUUAUUUAUUAGCUUGUAAUACUGUUAUCAGCUGUCUUGUUGGAAUUGUUGUGAACUGGUGGUACAGAAGUGGAGAUCUAGGUCCAGAAAAGUUUUGGUACAUCUUUAUAGUAGGAGCAGUAAUAAUGUUCCAGUGUAUUACAACAGAUAUUUUUGUGUUUCAUGUUCUGAACGAGGAUAGCAAGAAUAUAAAUCCUCCUUCCAGUGUAAACAGAACAACAAUUUUUCCUGCAAUUUCUGUCCGACCAGCCUCUACUGUAAAAACUUUCAUUGAUUUUGCUGACAUGCAUUGAAUGCAAUAAUAUGACUUUCUGCAAUAUGUUUGGUGUUGUGCAAUUUAUUAUUUGUAAGAUAUCUUUUUAUAUUUUAAGCUGUCGUUUUUAUUGGUAUGGUCAAUAAUAUGAUAUGUAUAAAUUGAAUGAAAACAUCUAUGCUUGUUAAUGUAUUCCCAGUUAACAUUGUGUUCUAAAGACUCAUGUAAUACUUAACACUGGAAAAUAAGCAGCCAUCAAUUGAUCAAUUAAUCUAUACACUGCUCUUAUUUUACUACUGUUAACUAUUUUUCAAUAACAACAAUAUGUGAUCAGAAUAAAAGAUCUCCAUUAUUUUAACAAUUUUCCUUUUAUAUCAUAUCUUUUGAAUGGUCAGAUGAAACAUUUUUAAAAUCCAUAAUUCUUUAAUACACUUUCACUAAAGAAUUCAGUCUUUUUAGAAAUUUUAAAGUUUUUUUCACCUAUGGAAUUUUAAAAUUUGGUCAAACCUUCGUUGUAGAUGUUUUUCUUAUGGCAGGGGUCACAAACUAGCUGUGAUAAAUACACUAAUUGAUAUGUCAAUUCCAAUAAAUAUUCGUAUAUUCGAAAGGAUAACAUGUAAAACAAGCCACAAAAUUUGUUUUAGAGUAUGAUUUUUGUCAAUUUUAAAUCUUGUUAAAAAAGAGUACAUGUUGCUUAUUUGUAAAAUGUUUUCUUAAAUAAAUUCAUGUGAAACAUUGA